UUCUAGUUGUUCAAAAUGCAGAACACCAUUUGCGAACCGUUCACAAGUUGGCCCAUGAAAUUCGACAUCAACCAGCUGGUGAAAGAGUUCCAACCGGAGGAAAAGGGGCGCGAAGUGGAUGAAGACAAGUCGCCAAGGGACUUUCUCCACCUUCCCGACAAUAAUUGGGUGGUCCUGCCCAGUUUCAAGUAUCAGUUUGAGCACCUAAAUCCGUAUCUAUCCUGUCGCCAGAGCCAAUACAUGAGAUGCCGCUUCCGAAAGUUUCUGGACAAUGUCCCGAACAGAUAUGUAACCAUUGCUUUGUACGGCUCCAAUGUUAGCAACAUGCCCAAACCAAGACGGAAGAGUUUGAAUGGUCAGUUCUACGGAGUGGAUAACAAGCUUGCUCCCGUUCCAGCUGUUGGAGAUCCACGCUCGUCUCCCCACCGAAAAUAGUUAAACAAUUCGCAUUAAAAUUAAAAAUGU